AAAUAGGUAACCAACCAUUUCUAGAGAAAGCUAACGUCGCUGUGUGUGAGAGAGUAGGAGCCAGAAACUGCUGCUUCUCGUUCCACUUCCAACUGCAAAACUUAAACCCUAGUUCUCUCUCUUUUUUUCUGCAUCUUCAACCAUGUCAGCGAUGCUGCAACCUCAGAUCAUUCUACUGAAGGAAGGCACGGACACUUCGCAAGGGAAGCCACAGCUGGUGAGUAACAUCAAUGCCUGCACCGCCGUCGCCGACGUCGUCCGCACCACCCUCGGCCCUCGCGGCAUGGACAAACUCAUCCACGAUGACAAGGGAGCUGUCACCAUCUCCAACGACGGAGCUACCAUCAUGAAGCUCCUUGACAUCGUCCACCCUGCCGCAAAAAUCCUUGUCGACAUCGCUAAGUCUCAGGACUCCGAGGUUGGCGAUGGAACCACCACUGUCGUGUUGCUCGCAGCUGAGUUUCUAAGGGAGGCCAAGCCUUUCAUUGAAGAUGGCGUUCACUCUCAAAAUUUGAUACGGAGCUACAGGGCUGCGAGUACCUUGGCAAUUGAAAAGAUUAAAGAGCUAGCUGUUAGCAUUGAGGGGAAAAGUCUGGAAGAAAAGAAAAGCUUGCUUGCAAAGUGUGCUUCUACCACACUUUCUUCAAAGCUUAUAGGGGGAGAGAAAGAAUUCUUUGCAUCCAUGGUUGUGGAUGCUGUAAUUGCAAUUGGGAACGAUGACAGGUUGAACAUGAUUGGAAUAAAGAAGGUUCCUGGUGGUACCAUGCGGGACUCAUUUCUUGUAAAUGGUGUUGCCUUCAAAAAGACCUUUUCAUAUGCUGGGUUUGAGCAACAACCGAAGAAGUUUCUCAAUCCAAAAAUUCUAUUGUUAAACGUUGAAUUGGAACUAAAGUCUGAGAAAGAAAAUGCUGAAAUAAGGUUGUCAGAUCCUUCGCAAUAUCAGUCAAUAGUUGAUGCAGAAUGGAAUAUCAUCUAUGACAAGUUAGACAAAUGUGUCAGCAGUGGUGCCAAAGUUGUUCUUUCACGAUUGGCCAUUGGUGAUCUAGCUACCCAGUAUUUUGCAGAUAGAGACAUUUUCUGUGCUGGUCGUGUAACUGAAGAAGAUCUAAAAAGGGUUGCUGCUGCAACUGGUGGAACCGUACAAACAUCUGUUAAUAACAUUAUUGAUGAGAUCCUUGGAACUUGUGAGGUUUUUGAGGAAAGGCAGGUUGGAAAUGAGAGGUUCAAUAUUUUCAAUGGAUGUCCAUCUGGCCAAACAGCAACCAUAGUUCUUCGUGGUGGAGCAGAUCAGUUCAUAGAGGAAGCAGAGCGAAGUUUGCAUGAUGCAAUCAUGAUUGUGAGAAGGGCUUUGAAGAAUUCAACUGUGGUUGCUGGGGGAGGUGCUAUAGACAUGGAGAUAAGCCGGUACCUGAGGCAGCAUGCACGAACUAUAGCUGGGAAGUCUCAGCUUUUCAUUAACUCUUACGCAAAAGCUCUUGAGGUUAUACCUAGACAACUAUGCGACAAUGCUGGAUUUGAUGCAACUGAUGUGCUGAAUAAACUAAGGCAGAAACAUGCACUUCCUUCUGGUGAGGGGGCACCGUAUGGAGUGGACAUAGCCACUGGUGGCAUUGCUGAUUCUUUUGCCAACUUUGUCUGGGAGCCUGCAAUAGUGAAGAUCAAUGCUAUAAAUGCUGCAACAGAGGCUGCUUGCCUUAUCUUAAGUGUGGAUGAAACAAUUAAAAACCCCAAGUCUGAGAGUGCACAAGGAGACGCCGCCGCCAGUGCCAUGGGCAGAGGUCGUGGAGGAGGAUUCCGUGGACGCGGACGAGGGAUGCGAAGAUAAUUAGGAAAUCAUUCUAUUAUAUUACGGAUUGAGUGUCUGGUGCAUUGUCUACUAGAAGCAUGCCAAUUUUUGAACCUACAAGCCAUGAAAUGAAAAUGUAAUGGAGAUCCUGGUAACAUCAUUGAUCAAACUAGGAUUUCCAAGUAGCAAUGUUUGAGCAGUAGUCUUUCUGACGACCAUUUUAUACUUUGGGAGGGGUAAUUAUUUCAUGGAAGAUGAUGGGGACUUGAGCUUCGUGUGAAAUUUUGCAUCUUGUUAUUCAGUUUUCAGCUAUUUAUUACUUGGUAUGCGUAUAAACACACGAUUUCAUUUUUUUUCUUACGUCUAUGAAAGUCAACAGUAAUGUGCCA